CUCCAGCACUUUUGAGAAGCCAGGAAGAAGCAGGAGGCAGCGAUCAGUAGUGAUGAACCUCUAAACUGGACGUCCUGCUCAAGGUUGACACUACGCAGAGGCGAGCUUAAGGUGAAAAGAGUGGAGGAGCAAAAAGAGUAAAAGAGACGUAAAAGACAUCUGUGCUGUUCUUCCCUCCCAUCCAUGAUGCGGGACUCUGUCUUUAACUGCUGUGUUUCUCCACCCCAUCCUCCUGGUGGAGUGGAGGAGCCCCAACAGAGAAGCAGAGCUCAGGCUCCGCCCCCUAAUAGCAGGCGUUUCCUUAUAUUCUUUGACUUUGACGAGACCCUGGUGGACGAGUGCAGCGACGACUCUAUGGUUACUGUGGCGCCUGGUGGAGUCCUGCCUGGCUGGUUGAAGGACACCUACCGUCCCGGCCGCUACAAUGAGUACAUGCAGCGUGUGCUGGCUUACCUCGCCGAACAAGGCGUCACCCCGGCGGCUAUUCGAGGCACAGUGGAGAAACUCCCUCCCUGCCCAGGCAUCCCCACUUUGAUGCAUUUCCUGCUCUCCCAGCCUUCAAGGGACUUUGAAGUCGUUUGUGUGUCAGACGCCAAUAUGGUCUUCAUCGAGACGUGGCUGCAGCACCUGGGCUUCCACCCGCUUUUUCUGCGCAUUUUCACCAACCCAGCUCACUUUGAUGAUAAUGGGCAGCUGCAGCUUCGCCCCUUCCACUCCCAUGAGUGCCUGCGAUGCCCUGUGAACAUGUGCAAAGCGGUGGUGGUGAGGCAGUACGUGGCCCAGCGUGUGCGAGAGAGGGGCGGACGGCCAUACCAGAAGGUUUUGUACGUGGGCGAUGGGGCCAAUGACUUUUGCCCGUCACUCACACUGUCACCGGGCGAUAUAGCAUUCCCACGCUGGGACUUUCCAAUGCACAAACUGAUCCAAGAGAUGGAGGAAGCCAAACCUGGAGAGUUCAAGGCCAGUGUGGUGCCCUGGAACAGUGGAGAGGAUGUCAUCAACACCCUGAGGAAGAUAUUAGAGAGGCCCUAAAUAUAUACAUACACCUAAAUGAGGCCCUAAUAGUGUGUAGGGUUUUC